AUGACGACACCUGUGGAAGUUGAAUCUGGUGAAGAAGAAACUACAACAGAAGAGUAUGAAUCAACGGACACUUCACGACCUAAUGUGGAAAGACCGCAGCCAAAAGCGGUCAGUCGCUUUCGCCCUUACUUCACAUUCGCAGUUUCCUUGACACAGUUGUUUAUGUUGAUCUGGUUGUGCUACACGACAACUUUCACUGAAAUAGGCUUGUCACCAAGGACCUAUUACAGAAUAGAGCCUUUCACGUUUCGUGGUAAUGUCACUGUUACUCACAGUGAACGACCGAACCCCUUGAUUGGCCCCCCAGGAGCACAGUUGAUAUCCCUGGGGGCGCUCUACCCGCCGUGCAUCAGGGAAGAUUACGCGUUUAACGUCUACAUGGUUCACGCUUUGCAGCUGCACGUUGGGGAAGGUGGAGAAAAACUGGGCUGCUGUGAGGUAGAGGAAGUGAACGCAGCAGGGACAACAACGAAGGGAGAAUGUAGCAUUCUCUCAAACAACAAAGCGACUUGGAGGGAAGUACGUUGUAGUCAGCGGUCUUCACCACAAUCGGCCGUCAAGCAUAUCUUGCGACCUUGCUGUAAAGAAGAUGGGCAGUGUACGCUGACCAGUCCGCAGCAUUGUUGGUUUAUGAAGGGUCGAGUUCAUCUUCACUUUGACCACUGCACACAGGUCGACUGUCUAAGGCAGCUUUGCAUUCUGGGCAGUGAUAUUGCAGCUGACAAUUACGUCACACAAUUCGCUCCACGUCGAGGCAAUCAAUGGUGGCGAUUCGUGACGUCACUUUAUCUACAUCAUGGUAUUCUAGACUACCUACUGAUCACAUUUAUACAAAUAAGGUUGUGCUGGGGACAGGAAAACGUUAUGGGAUGGUUGCGCAUAACAAUGGUGUAUCAUACUGCUGGCGUGGGCGGACAAUUGAUUGGCUCCCUAUUUACAAAGCAUGACUCGCCCCAGGCCGGAGCAGGUCCAGCCGUCGGCGGUAUCACGGGCCUGGCUCUGGUUGAACACGUGAUACGCAGACGAACGAUAAAGAAUCCUGGGCGAAGGCUUACUUUCUUAAUUGGCUCGCUCUUUGCUCUUAUUUUUCUUGGCACCCUUCCACAAGUUAACAGCUUUUCUCUGUUGACCGGUUUACCUUACGGUUGCUUGAGUGCAUUGGUUUUUUGGAGUCGAAUCGUGUUUCCACGGAAAUUUUUCUUAUGUCAAUUUAUAGUUGUGUUUACAAUAGUCAUGAUAUUUUUGUUUAGCCUCGCUCUUUUCUACGGAUUGCAGCAGAUAAGCUUAAGUUCCUUCAUGCGGUUUGUAAAUUGCAUCCCGUAUGCGAGAGGUUUGUGUGAUUAA